GAAUUCUAGUUAUAUGGCGACAGCAGUUGAAUGAGUUCAGGGAGAAAGGCAUAAUCUACAACAUGAUACUUUCUCACUCGCUUCACCUCUAUGCCCACACCUGUGAAGGUCUCCGCCCAGCUUUGAAAACUGGUUUGCCUCAAACUCACCUUUCUACCAGCGGACAGGACAGGACUACUAUUACAAGUAACCCUGAAGUCUGACCAGGGCCAUGGAGGCCUCUGUGCUGAGUCCCACAUCCUGGGAGAAACGGCGGGCCUGGCUCCGUCAGAGCCGUAACUGGCAGACUCAGGUCCUAGAAGAGGAGGCUGCCGCGGCCCUGCAGGAUGUCCCAGAUCAUGAGCCUUCCAGCCUGGAUGACGUUUUCCAAGAAGGGAAUCCGAUCAAUAAAAUUGAAGACUGGCUGCAAGAUUGUGGAUACGCUGAAGAAGGACUUUCUGAGGAAGCAGGACAGUUUAUCUGCAAUGGCUUCUGCAGCCAUGGGACCAGCUUUGAAGAUGACUUGACCCUAGGAGCAGAGGCCACACUGCUGGCAGCCAAUGGCAAACUCUUUUCCAGGAGUUUCCUCGAGACAGCCAGGCCUUGCCAGCUACUUGAUCUUGGCUGUAGUUUGGCUUCCAGCAGCAUGACUGGGGGGACCAACAGGACUAGCUCAAGCAUCUCAGAGAUUCUGGACAAAGUGCAAGAAGAUGCAGAAGAUGUCCUCUUCAGUCUGGGCUUUGCCCAAGAGGACCGCAAAGACACUUCUCGGAUACCCGCCCGAUUUUUCACCAACCCCUCUCACGCCAGGGGCAUUGAUUUCCAGCUCUUCCUGAAGUCUCAGGUGCGGAGGAUUGAAAUGGAAGACCCCUGCCUCAUGCUGGCCAGCAGGUUUAAGCAGGUGCAAACACUGGCUGUCACUGCUGAUGCCUUCUUCUGUCUCUACUCCUAUGUGUCUAAGACACCUGUCCAAAAGUUCACACCAUCCCAUAUGUUCUGGAAUUGCAACCAUCCAACUGAUGUGCCAUCCAUCAGGAUUCUGUCCCGAGAGCCUGAACCCCACUCACCCAGAGACCGCCUUCGGAAAGCCAUCUCCAAGAUGUGCCUGUACACAUGCCCUCGAGAUCGGCCACCACCACCACCCCACAACACCCCCAGAAAGAACAGUUUGGAUGAAGUUGUAUCCAAAGCAAUGGACAAAGUGAAAGAAGAGAAGCAGGUACUCCAGCAAGACUCUGAUUUGGGGCAAUUCCCACAGGAAGAUCCUGUGCCCCCUGUUGAGGGUACAAAGCUGCCCACUUCUCCCUGUUCAUGUGUCCUCCGCUGCAGAGAGGAAACACAGCAGGGGAUGUCCACAGUUCUAGCACCAUCACAAACUCUGGAUUCGAACCCCAGGGUACCCUGUUGCACACAUUCUCUGCCCAUAGCAGAUCCACAGUGGAGCACAGACCCAGCUCAGAUAGGGAGAGAGCUGUGUAGUUUACCAGCCACCAAUCCAGAAACCCAUUCAGACAAGGAUGAGACUUUCUGGAAAAGAAAGAGCGGAGCAAGAAAGAACCUGUGCCAGAAGAAUCUCAUGGGCAGGAAGGUUAAGUCCUUGGACCUGUCCAUCAUCCAGCAGAAAUGGAAGGAGAGUGUAGAAAGACCAGAACUGCAUCGAUCUUUAACCCAGCAGCCACAGGACACUUUGUACAUGGAGGAGGUGCAAAGCAACAGUGAAGAGGAGCAGAGUCAGAGUCACUGGCCCAGCAGACCCAGACACCCCCACCCCCACCAGACUUUUGCUAGCAAAGACUCCUGAAGCUUUCUCCACCACCACAACAGCAUGUGGUCUGACAGAAGUGGCUUCAUCGAAGAACCUAAUUCCCACCUUUUGCAGGAAACUGCACUGCCCUCAACAUCCAGCUUCUACUCCUUGGUCCUCCAAAUCCCUGAACUCAGCAGGGGGAAGGCAGCUUCGAACAUGGGAAAGAAGACCAGACUCAGAGAUUUGGAAUCCACAUCCUAAUGCUGCCACAAACUGCAUGCACAGAGGAAGACCUUAGGCACAUUUCAUUUCUCUGUACACUGGUUUCUCUAUUAUGUGUAUAUUAAAAUAUAUAAUACAGACAGUAGUAAACUGAACAAAGCCUUAGUUUUCUCUCAAGUUUUGGGGAAUGUUUCUAAUACUUACAAAGGGCCCAAGCUAAGAGAGGAAGGACAUCUCACUUUCUGGCUCUGAAAGCAUGGUGCAUCCCGCAGUGUGAUUCCCUCUGUACCUCUGUUCAUCUCGUGUUCCUAACUAAAUUCCAGGAACCUUCCACACACCAGAGACCUAUUGUUCUUCUUGAGGUCUCAUUUGAAGAGGAAUGAGGCCUCAUUUGAAGAGGAAUGAAGCUCAUUGGAAGCUUCCCCUUAUAUCCAGUUUCUUUCUCUUCCCAAAAUUUAGUAUCUUUAUAGAAAAAGAGGCAAGUAGGAUUCAGAGUCUCUCUUUCUAGCCAUUGGGGGUUGGGGGGGAUGCUAUUUCUGCUGGCAGAAAACAAUACAAAUAAUUUUUUUAAAUCAUGGCAUGUUUCUGAAGUUAAUUAACAGCUGUAGUUUGCUUUGGAAGUUAAUUGUUUUGUCAAUAAACAGUGCUUGAGCACAUACA